AUUACGCUAAAGUUCAAUUGCUUCUGCUGCGAGUUCUACCGACUCGGUUGGAUUAUCAUCGAAAUGAAGUUCUGCAUCGUCCUGCUGACCGUGAUGGCCGCCGCCGCCGUGUGCGCCGAAGAGAUGGCCGAAUCCACGAAAGCCAAGCGUGGCAUCCAUCUGGGCAUCGGUUAUCACGCUUCGCCCGUCGUGUCCCACUCGUACGUGGCUCCCGCUCCGAUCAUCGCCCACUCGGCUCCACUGAUUGCGGCCGCUCCCGUGUAUCACGCUCCGAUCGCUAAGACCUACGUAGCGCAUGCUCCGGUGGUACACCACAGCUAUCACGCCUAUCAUGCACCGGCAGUCGCCUACGCUCAUGCUCCGGUAGCUGUCGCCCAUGCUCCGUUCUACCAUGCCUAUCAUCGUCGUUAAGAAUAAUCAACCAAGGCUGGCCAAGAACUAUGUUUGGCUGACGCCGACGAGAAGCUUUCAAUUAGCUUAGCAUUUAGAUCCUGUAGUCAUAGUAUGUAUACUGAAAAGUGUGUGUGUAAAUAUUUCGACAAAAUGUGAACCAAAUUAUAUAUUUUCGGGAAAUAUA